AUGGCCCACCGCAUCCUGCACGACCCCGACAGCGAUGGCUGGGAGAGAUCAGACUUCCCAAUCGUUUGCGAGACGUGCCUGGGGCCCAAUCCAUAUGUCCGAAUGCAGAGGAUUGAGUAUGGAGGGACUUGCCACAUAUCUGGGAGGCCGUACACGGUGUUCCGGUGGCGACCCGGCAAUGACGCCAGGUACGGGGCUCGUUGCUGCGCAGCUGGGUGCAGUGUGAGGAUUUGGUGCGUGUUGUUCAUGGGCAGCCUGGUGCCAAUCUGUAGGUACAAGAAAACCAUCAUAUGUCAGGAGGUUGCAAAGGCGAAGAACGUGUGUCAGGUCUGCCUCCUGGAUCUGGACUACGGACUGCCUGUCCAAGUGAGAGACUCUGCACUGGGCAUCGACAAGGACGUCAUCCCUGAGAGCGAUGUCAACAAGGAGUACAAACUGGAUCAGUUGACCAAGUCAGGGGAGCUGGGCGCUGAAUACCAGAAGGCCUCCCCUAAUGACCUGAUCCUCAAGCUCCAGAGGACGACUCCAUACUACAAAAGGAACAUGGCUCCUAUAUGCUCCUUCUUUGUGCGUGGCUUGUGCAACCGAGGCGCAGAAUGCCCCUACAGGCAUGAGAUGCCCACCACCGGGGAGCUGGCUGAGCAGAACAUCAAGGACAGAUACUAUGGCAUCAAUGACCCAGUAGCAAAAAAGAUGCUGCGCAGGGCUGGGGACAUGCCAACGUUGACACCGCCAGAGGAUGAUUCGAUCACGACGUUGUACAUCGGCGGCCUGAACUCUGACAUCACAGAGGAAGACCUCCGAGACAAGUUCUACUCAUAUGGAGAGAUUGAGUCCAUAAAGAUCAUCGAGAAUCGGCACUGUGCGUUCAUUGCCUACACCACCCGCAAGGCAGCUGAAACUGCUGCUGAGGAGAUGGCCAACCGCCUCAUCAUCAGGGGCACUCGGCUGAAGUUGAUGUGGGGCCGCCCUCCACAGCCCAAACCCCAGGAGGGCAGUGAGGAGGCCCCAUCCACGGGGCUGCCAGAGCAGCCCUCCUCGUCUGCACCACGGCCAACAAUGCUUCCUCCGCAGGUGCAAAUACAGAUGGGCGGUGCAGCCCCCUUCCAGCCCUACGGCCCAAACUACUUCAAUCUCCCCCCCCGCCCACCCGCUGAGCGCCAGUACUACCCCUCCAUGGACCCCCUUGCCAUGGGCACCACAAAAGCGCCUGCACCUGGCCAGGCACCCAAGCGGCCCCCUGAGCCCAGCACCUCUGAAGACACCUCGACCGGACACAACAAGCGGCCAAGACACCCCGACGGUCCCCCAGGGCCGCCCAUGCAGCCCGUGCCCUUUGGCAUGCCACCGCCGCCAGGGUAUCAGGUUAUGCCUGCCGGAAGGGGGAUGCCGAUGCCUGUUGGGAUGUUACCCAUGGGGCCAACCCCCAUUGGCGGUCCCCCGAUGCCUGGGCAGUGGCCCCCCAUGCAAGGGCCUCCACAGGGUGCAGGGCCGCGCCCGAUGGUGCAGAUGAUGCCACCACCAAUGCAUCCCGCAGGCCCACCGAUGCCCAUGGGGCCAAGACCGCCAUCCAGGCCACCGCAGGGUGGCACGAGUGGGCCGUGA